GGGCCGGCUGGGGCCGCGGUCCUGAGGCUGGCGCGGCUGCCCUUCCAUCCGCUGGCCCCGCCACCCCUCGCAGGGUCAAGGGGCACUGCUGGGACCUUCCCCAGGUUGAGCCUCCAAGGUGGCAGGGGGUCCCCGCCGCUUCGUCGUCGGUGUGCGAGGCCGGGGCUGCGUGAGCCCUCGGGCAGGGGGCGGCAGAAAGAUAGGGCUGUGCGGCCUUGUGGCAGAGGGGACGACAGACAUGCGUCCGAGUGACGGGGCGCGGGCUGCAGACUGGCUUCAGCGCUCGCUGGCAGAUGAAUGUGCCCAGGCUAAGCACAGGGGACGCGCGUGGCCCCGUGCUAUGGGCAGCUGUGAGGGUGCCACUGGGCGCCUCGGUCCCCGCCUGGACUUUGGGAGUGUGGGGGUGAAGGACAUUCCCCGGACAGAGUCGCUUCCCAUCACGGCUUCCCAGCCAUACUGCACCUCCCGGAGCCCUGGCGCCAGCCAGCCCGGUUUAGCGGCCGGGCCGGGCUCCCCCGCGGUCCCAGGUCUGGCUGGGGUGUGGGCCGCGGCCUCCGUGACCCCAGCCCGCAGCGGCCCGUCCCGUCCCGUCCACUUAAACAAAUUGCCGCUGACAGGCGCGCAGUCUCUCUGGAGCCGCCGCCCGCCUGUCGCCUCCCUCCUGUCCCAAUUAUCCCGCGCAGGGUCGGGCCAACUGGCUGGAAUGGGGCGGGGGACGCGGGGAUAGCGGGCGGCCAGACUCCCUUCUUGUUGCGGGGUGGUCCAGGGUAGCGCCUCCGCAGCCACGGCCUGUGUGGCCCCGUCCCUCGUCAUCCUGGCGGAUGCGAGGGCAAGGCCCAGCCUGGCCUCUACGGGCCGGGGGCGGUGUCGCUCUGCACCUGAGAGCGAGAUCACGCGGCCAAGAACUAAGGCCGCAUCCCCGCUGGACUUUGGAUGACUUUCCCAGAGUUCUGGGGAGCCCCGUAACCCUGGGAGCUGCAGACGGCUCACUGGCUCGGGGCCGCGGUUCCGCUGGUGGCGGCUGUAUGCUUGGGACAUCUGGGCCGCAGAAGUGAGGUGCCCAGGCUUAGCCCACCCCAUGUAGGAUCAUCUUUCAGCCUACGGAGCCUAGUGGGAUUCAGCAACCCUCCACCUGUGCCUCCAACGUGCCCAGCUGAUCUGGCAGAGGGAACUGACGAUGAGGGCCCCUCGGGCAGCUGGGAUGGGAUGGGUGUGUGUGAAGGGGGCAGGGUCCCCAGGAGCGGUCCCAGCUCUGGCUGGACAGUUGCAUGGGAAGGCCUGCUUGUUUGUGACCUCAACUUUUCUAUGGCUGUUCCAUUAAACUUAACCCAAACCA